AUGAGUGAAGAGGCCCCGGGGGCGCCCCCGCCACUGCAGACGCCCGACGGCUCCAUCCGUGCCCUUUUCCUCUCCAAGGGCCCUGCUGGGAGCGGCUCAGCCGGAGGAGGCGGCCGAAUCCCAGCCCCACUGGAGCAGGGGGUGGUGUCAGCCUUCAAGCAGCUCUACAAGCGGGAAUUGCUGCGCCUGGCCGUCUCGUGAGCGGCUGGCGGCUCCGGUGGUCCCAUGGACUUUGUGCGGUCCUUUCUCCUCAAGGACAUGUUGUACCUGGCUGGUCUCUCCUGGGACCUCAUCCCCCCCGGCUCCAUUGAGAAGUGCUGGCUGCUGGGGUUGCGCGCCGCCUUUGAGCCCCAGCCCGGGGAGGAAGAGCACGGAGACCCCCCGCGCGGGGAGGAAGGUGGCGGGGACAGCAAAGUCUUUAGCGACCUGACCCACCUGGCCGCCUUGGCCUACAAGCGCUUGGCUCCUGAGGAGGUGGCCGACUGGUUGCACUUGGACGAUGCAGCCCCCGGUACAGAGGAGGACGAUGGGGAAGAGGACACUGAGGAGGAAGGCCCCGGGUGCUGUGGGGUAGAGGAGGAGGAGGAGGAGGAGGCAGCUGCCGGAGAUGGGGAUGGUAGAAGGGGUGGGGAAGGAGGGGACAGCUUGCUGCCCACAGCUCGGGAAGCCAUCAGAGGUCUGGAGACAGCGUUGCGCUCGCUGGUCAGGACCCCCGGCAAGUGGGGCCGCGGAAGCUGGUGCAGCUCCGCUCCCUCAUCAGCAUGGCCCAGCGGCUGCACCGCGGCGGCAGCCCUCAUUCUUAAUGCAGGGUGA